AUGCCCCGCUCAGGUGGGUGCUGCAGUGCGUGUUGUUCGUAAUAGGCACCAGGAUUCCUCAUCUCCCUCAGAUUUGUGUGGAAUACCCAAGUCAAGAGACACUUUCUGCAGCCAAAAAUCAAAUAUUUGAGUGAAAAAGUGCAUCUGUUCAAUUUCAAAUAAAUCGUUUUAAUGAGAUGACAGACUGUAACAACAAUGUACUAAAGCAGCGGGUGAGCUGCUCACUGGUUCUGCUCAGAAGAGGGCCAGCAGCUUCAUUAUGUGUCAUUUAUGAGGUGUUUGACUGUGUGUGUGUGUGUGUGUGUGUGUGUAUGUGUGUGUGUUUUGAGGGUGCUUUAUACUAUGGUAAUUUCUCUGUGACACUCCCACCAUUAGGCUGUUAGUUACUGUGUGCGUCCAUAGUUUCAUUUUCCAACAACAAUUAUCAAAUACAGAAAAAUGAAAUAAACCUGAAAAAACAUUUGACAUCCGUUUUAUCAAAUUAGCUUACCUUUCUGCCUGUUCACGCUCAAUUUAUUCAGGAAGUAAGGAGUUUAUGGCUUACGGUUAGAUAAUAAAAACAACAACUAAGUACACUGAAGCAUUUUGCAUUCCCUGUAAAUGUCGCAUAUUUGCACGUCAAUCACCAAGCCUUUAUUUUUGUCAGUAUUUAAAAAAAAUCACUACAGAAGUUUUGCCACAACAAUUUUCAUAGUUUCAUAGUUUCUUUAACUUAUGUUAAAGUGUUACAACAAAGUAGAAAUAUCAGCACACUAAAUGUCCUCUUGUGUUUGAAUCUGGGCAGAUCAGUUGACAAACAGUUUAUCAGGCUCUUUGCCUUUGCUAUAAAAUGUCCUUCAUUCAUCCGUACGCACAAUAUAAAAGACGUUAAAGACAUGCAGUAUGCUGACUUUUUAAUUUUUACAAUAAAGCAAAUAUAUACUCAUUCAGCUGUGGCAACUUGAUUGUAGCAGCAGUGUGACCAAGAAUACAGACAAGAGUGGGGCAGUGGGUUGGCACCAUUGAUUUAAAGUCACAAGAGCUUGAUAGAUGAGAAAUGUGCAGGUACAGCAUUAAGUUACUAAAGUGUGUUAAUAGAAGAUAAAUGUCUACAGGAGGAAAACAAGAAAGAGAUGAAGUGCCCGACUCCAGAACUUUUCAGAUUCACUUGGUGCAAACUCAGAGUAAACACGUGCAGCAUAAAGACGUCACAUUUGCAAUGAUGUAUUUGAAGUUUAAAAACAAAGAUUAACAGCAGAAAAAAAGAAAGAGUAAAAAAAACAUGCGUCAACCAAAGCUUUCAGCAGCAUUUCUUUAGAAACACCAGUAUGACCCAUUUCUAGACAACUGCCACCAGGUGACAAACCGCUGAAAAAAAAAAAAACACCCAGUGAUGUUAUGUAACCAAGUUUCAGGAGCAGGACCACACCUCAACUGUGCCUCUUAUAGGACCACUCUUUUCAUUGAACCUUUUCUCUGUCCUGCCCUUUUGUUCUCACAUUUCCCCCGCGCACUCUCCAGAACUUUUUUCCCUCUGUUUCUCUCUGUCCUAUCUGAAGUUUUUCAGAAGUUUAAUGUCAAAACCAGAAUCACUGUGAUGAUAAUGAUGAUGACGUUGUGGUCCUGGCUGGUGAUGUAGACCAAAUAAGCACAGAAAUGUGACCGAAACAGACUUGACCAUCAACAAGAAACAAGUUUUCAAGAAACAAAACAUAGUGCUUUGGUUCUUUCUGGUUGUGAGUCAUUUUAUGCUCAAUAAUAUACAUAAAUGAUCAGCUAAAAAGAAAACAUAAAUAUAGUUUUAUAUACAGUUUAUCACAGUACAUGAUCCAGCAUGAGAAAUAUAUUUCAGAUAAGGGGAUCCCAAACUUUGCCAUGUGAAGGACUCCUGUAUGUAUCCUGAGCCUCUGGUGGGGAUCCUUCUCUUACUAUAUUUUCUUUAUAAAUAUCACAAAUUUAAUCUUAUAAAAACCUUAUAAAUUGUCCAAUUUUCAUGAUACAUCGUCUUGUUAUUCAUUGAUUUAAUUUAAUGUAUUUCCUGUAAGUAGUCUUUUCUCUGAGAACACAUUUGGGCCAGUCUUACUUGAUGUAGUAAAGACUCAGGUGGUAUCCCACAGCUGUGGCUUAGUCAUGUUCAGUCUGGCUGCCUGGUGGUCUUUUUCUUUGUAGACAUUUUUAUCACUCUCAGAGGAGGUAGGUCAUUAGUUUUCAGUGGUAGAGAAACUUCCUGAUAUGUCAGUCUUACUCAUGGUGACUGCUCAAUCUUGAUUGGCUAGAGUGGAGUGGCUAUUUUAUUUAAGAGCAUACAAAAAGAACACAUUCAUUUCAUUAUGCAAUCACUUAUAUCCAAAAAGACACCUUUUACUGAAACAUUAUCACCAUAAAAAGUGUUAGUAAUUGAUCCCUCCCACCCUACCCUCCAAGUUCUUCCCUGGACCCUCCAGUUGAUCCCCUUUUCCUGGAGUCAGGACUCACACUUUUGAAACAGUUAUGCUGUAUAUCAGGAAAAAGGAAAAUAAAAGUCACAGAUUUACAGCCUAGAGUCUGUAAAUUUAUUAUCAUUGUUAUCAAAUAUAGAAGGUGUAAAAAGUGAGCCUCUGGCAGCUUUAGUACAUUUAGGUCCAAGACAAUCUAAAUCAGUAUCCAUCCUAAAAGACUGUGUUAAUCCCACUUUCAAAAGUAGAGCAGGUGUCCGUCCAAUCUUAUAGGAAAGCAAGCUCAUAAUAGAUAGUAGGUAAACUCUGAAUCCCAUACUUCUUUUGGAGACUCUGCGUCCUUAUUCAGGCAUUUGUGGAGCAGUUCAGGAACUUUUUUUGUUCCUGUAAGAUUUUCAACAGUGAUAUGUAGACAUCUUGCAAAGCUGCUUUAAAAAAGAUCCCAGAACAAAUUGUCCAACCAGCCCGUCUGUGAUGGUGUUUUUUUGUUUUUUUUUCACACGGAUAAAGAGUUGAUUCAGACAUUUUAACAGAGACUAAAAUUAGCCCACAUGAUUGUGUUUUUGUACUUUGAAACAAUAAAUAUACCUCAUUUGUUCCAAACUGACUCUUGUUAUGAUGUGUUUUAAAAUCCCAUGGUUACCAAAUGAAAUAAGUAUGUAAUUCACUGCAUGUCUUUACAUUCUGUGAACACUCAUGAUCCGUCUCCAUAUGAUGUCACUUUUUACUGCUCACUCUAAGUCAUGCAUGUAAACACUGUAAAUUGCAUGUAAACACUUUGAAUGCACAAGACGGCAAUCGGGCUGCGUGUUUAAACAACUUGAAAUCAUAGCAGACUCUUGACAUGCCAUACUGUAGUUUGCUGGAAAAUCUCUCCUCCCUAGCCGAACUCAAGCAGGAGACGUCAGGAUUCAUUUUGUGUUCCUCCACUAGAGGACCACCAGGGUGCCCCCACAGUUUGUGGAAUAUUAUUUUGCUGUUUUGUGUCAAUUCUUGGUUGUAAGAUCAUUUUGUUUAUUUUGGCCCUAAAUACCCUGGAUAUCUUGUAGUUAUUAAUCUUCACAGAGGGUAUUGUCUCACAAAGCUGGAUAUUAACCUGAUAAAUCAACCCAACUCACAGUGCAACAGAACAGAGCAGAAUGGGCGAUACGUGACUUAUCACAACCUGAUCAUUGUAUUUUAAAAUCUCAGUGUAAUCUGUCACAUCGUAAAAUUGGACAGAAGUUGAGUAGAUUAUCUAGACGAAAGUCAUCCCAGCUGCAUCUGAAAAGUAAAAGUGGAACUAGCAGGAUAAAGUGAGUGUGAAAAUCAAGGCUUUUAAUAUCACUUUCCAUUCAUAACUGCACAAUCGAUCUCACUAUAGUAACUCCUCUGUUUAUUUCCACUAUGUAAUUUACUGCUCAGCUGUAUUCUUGUAAUGUGUAUGACAGUUUUCAACGUACUAUUUCAGCUGCAGCCCUGUCAGUAUCAAACAGAGUGGCAGGGAAAUAGGGAUGGGCGAUAAAUUAUCGUUCACGAUUAAUCGCCAGAAAACUCCUCCAUGAUAAAUAUUUGCCAUCUCAUGAUAAAUACGAUACAUGCAAGUUGAUGGCGUAAGUGCAAGCGACGGACUCACAGCCAUAGCCCACACAGAGCAGAAUAACAAACGUACAUGGCCAAAGGUAAUGAAGAAGAUGUCUGUGAGCAGCUUAUUACUGAACGAGGCUCCAUGUGAGGGAUGUCCUCCAAGAUUGGGGCUUAGAUGAGUGCAAUCAGGUCUUCCUGACAUCAGACAGUGGAUCUGUUGCUGUUCACUCUGUGCAAUAAGAGUUUUCAAUAAAGGUUGAAAAUGUUUUCACUUUUGAGACUUGUUUGAUGUCAUGAGUUUUCUCCAUAACCUACCACUAAACUUGUGGUUAAGUAUCUUAUUUGACUACUCCAAUUGUAGUUCUCAAGACAAAAUUAGUCAAAAAUAUAGAUUGGAAUUAUAAUAUUUUUAUCGGGACUUUUAUCGUUAUCGCCAGAAUGGCAAAUCUUAUUGCGAUACAUUUUUUAGCCAAUAUCGCCCAUUCCUAUAUGGAAAUGUUAAAAAUGUAUAUGAAAACACAGUUUAAAGCAUUGAACAGUGUCAUUUCACAUCAAACAAGUACAAAAACCUCAAGAUUCAUGGGUAAGCCUGUUUCAGACUCAGUUUAAAGAUAUCAGGUAAAGCCCAAAAGCUUUGAUUAUCGUAGUUGUAAAUUCAUACGAAACGAAUAUUAUUAAGUGAGGAACUUUCAGAGUUUGGAAACCAGAGUUAACUCUAGAGUUCCCAAGGUAGCUGCAAAUCCUUUUUUGUUACACAACCCUUUACAUCUAGUAUUAUCUUGUUUUUUACAUGGUAUCAUAUUUGUGAGCGAUCUAUUCAAGUCUGUGUCCUGUGUUAAUAUUCAUAAAUAUAAAGUACUCAUUAGAAGUCAGAGUAUUUUGGCCCAACAAAAUGUCCUUGUGGUAUAUAACAUGCAAAUGUCACACCUCAAAUACUAUGAAAACCAGAAUAUGACAAAGAAAGGGAUACUUAAAAGCAUGUAAAUUCAACUUUUACUGAAUCUAUUCAAACUCAAAAGGAACAGCUCCUGGACGUCCUCAAAAAGGCUCAAAAUAAAAAGACGGAUUUAAUGAAAGAGCAGCAAAACAAGUUAUAAGGGUUUAUCUUUGUUCUGUCAACACUUAUUUAGGUGACCAUAGUGAGAAAGUUUAAACAAAAAGUAUCUUUCUAGUUCGGCCACAAGAUGGAGCGAUGGCUCCUCCAAUGGAAAGAAAUCAUGUGGACUGUUUGAGCUGAUAUCAACUCCAGCUAAAGUUCUUUGUUUGUUCUCGGAGCGAAACAAACUCUGAAUAUGUCUGUUUAGUGAAAGAUCAUUUAUACUCAGCUCAUGGAAAUGGUGAAGUGGAGUGAUUUGAAUCAUCGGCACUUAACCACGGAUCUCUAAGCCUGCUCUGGUCUUUGUUGCUCCACCCGGUUCAGAAUAUGUUGCUGUUCCUUUAAGGGAUCUCUCCAAGUGACGUUGCUUUUAUUCCAUAUUCAGAGAAAGUCCAGAGGCAGAGAGUGGAAUCUCCUCCUGAGAGAGAGAGGUGCCGAGCAGAAAGCAGGUAAGAUCAGUUCAGCAUUACUCAAACUUAGAUUAAUCUUGAAACAGAAAACAAAGAUGUUUAACUACUUGAGAAAUUAGUUGUAACACAUUGCUUUGCACUUCUUGAAUUCAUUUUGAAAGUUUGAUAAGUUUUUCCCUCCUUGCACAGAAUUUAGGGGAAGUUACACCUCUUGAAAUGAUGAAAAGUAGCUUUGUUUGCCUAUCACUGUUGCAUUUUAAAUGAAUCUUUAAUGUGUUGAUUAUAUUUUGGGAUGAUUUUAUUUUACAACCAAACAACAUUUAAAUGUCAGGCUUCUGAACCAACAUAUCUUUGGUGAAAAGCUGGAUGUUACAUGUUUUAAUUCAUGUUCAAAAAAUGGCUUUUGGUGUUGGACUCAGUCUGGCGGUUAUAGUGGAAAGUGUGUUUUACACUUGCUCCUGUGUAGAGACCAGGCAGGAAGUACAUGUGCAGUGAACAUCUUCUCUUUCUCAUCAGGCUAAAUGUAGUGACAGGGUCGAGCAAUCAACCGUGGGCUUUUUACCCCACACUUUUGUUUUUAAACUCGUCUUCAUGCUCUCCAACCUGCAGGAACUGUGAGGUGCAAGGGUUGCAGCUUUUUUUUCUUUUUAACACGCUCUGCAGAAAUAGUAAGGGUGGGCUUUCAAUAGCAUCUACACAAAAAGAAUGGGUGUCUAAGUGUGUCUAAAUACGUCAGGUUAAGUCACAGUGCACCACAGCCAACCUUUUUGUCUGUAAAUUAUCUUUUCGAUGUUUUCUGAAUCCACGUUAUGACACACAUGGCACACCAAGGUAAAACAAAGUACAACAAAACACUGCAAAACCAGCACCAUGACGAGUGACAAUUUUUCUUCUAUUUUCAGCAUAAAUCAGUACAUUUGUCCCCUCCCACAUAGUGAUCAGACCCUCAGCCUCCUCCAAAACCCACAGGUUUAUGACAUGAAGAUAAAGAUGAAAUGAAACUAUUGAUUGUAAAUGAGAUGGCGCGUUGACCUGAUACAAUGUAGGCCAUCCAAGGAGCUCUGAGUCCUCCUGAGGUCUAGAUCAUUCCUACAAAGGAGCCCAUGAUUGAUCUAAAGUCAUAUUUGGCAGAUCUUCAUGAAUGUACUUGAAUGUAUUGCAUUUUUGGUGAGGCUCACAAAACCCUGGUUCCUUUUAUAGUGGGGCUUCAGAUCAGUUAAGUCCCCCCGGCACUGAAAUCACAGGUGAUAAGGAAACAUCCCAUAAUAAUACUACUUUUUAAAGAAUAUUCUUAACCCCCCCGCCUCCACUGUCAUAUGUCUGAGCGCACUAGUCUCUCCAGCGGGGGCAGAGCAGAGUGAUGAAUCUGUUUUGAUGUGGCUCAGUCUCUUAGGUGUAAAAUACAGUCAACGUUUCCCGCAGUUAUAAAAAGUUAAUGGAACAAUACAACUCAAAGACUUUCUAACAAACGUAGUUUUGAAAUUUCUGUAAGAAGGAAUUUGUCUUGACAUAAUUUAGCUCCCUGAAAGUAUGUCACUGAACAAUGUUACAUAACAAUUGCAUUGUCUCCCCACAGUUAUUUUUUUUUCACUAUGAGCAGUGACAAACAUCCUGAAUUUACAAACCAAGAGGGAGCCAGGAUGGGUAAGUACCUGAUUUGUUUUUAUUGUGAAAUUGUGCAUGCACAGACUGCAAACAUUUCACCUCAGAUACCACCAUCCUUUACGUAGCAAGAUAGAAAUCAAAAAAGUUUUCACAUAAACAAGUAAACUCAUUUAUUUUUGUAGAGCACUGCCUGAAAGUGCCAAUCCAUGAAACAAAAAGUAACACGUUUUUCUUUUUACACAUAUCGCUUUCUCAGACGUUUGCAGUGAAGUGACAGAUGUGAAGCCUCAAAUGGAGGAGGAGGAAGAAAAGCGGGAGGAUAACUCAUUCAGUGAGAAUGGAGUGCAGGGUGAUGAAUGUGUGACCAAUCCACGUAGGUUUACACACACACCAACGCAAGCACACACACACACACACACGCAUACACACACACAUACACACCAACACGCACACAUGCUUUGCUGACAUCGUUCCGUUUUCUCAAUUUAACCAUCAGCUCACGUUUAUUCCCUUUUUUGGCCACAGAGACCAUGUGAAGUUUGUGGAAAAAAAGUGUAAGAACCACUGGAACAAACUUUGAGGUUUGACCCUGAUAUCAGGAGUUGAAGUUUAGUAAAGCCAAGAUCAGGAAAUGACAUUAUUGGAGUGUAGCUGUUGCAGUUUUUGGAUGAAAAUCCUCGUGGUUUUAGAUGUUGAAGUGCUGCAAAAUAGUCUUAACCAGGGUCAGAAAUGAACACCUGCUACACACCAGAUGUGGGCGGAUUUUUCAUUUGGCAGGUAACUCUGCCUUGUGGUGAGUAAAUGUUUUAACCACAUUGGUAGUGUAAUAAAUACUUAGGUUGCUACUGUAUUUUGGUAAACCCACAACUUCUGUCUCCUUCUCCUCUGAUGUCUGCACUUGUCAUACAAACAAGUGUGUUUGUAAUACCUGGCAUAUAUCAUAAGGGUGGGAGAAAAAAUCGAUACAGCAAAGUGUCGUGAUAUUUUGUCUGGUGAUACAUCAUGUUGUCUCAUUUACCAAAUACUGAUUUUUUCAAAUUAAUUGCUAAUAUGAAGUCACAUCUAUGAUAAUGGAAAAAUAAAAUCAACUGUCCAGUGAGGUUGGCAGAGGUGACAUCAUAGAACAGGAAAAAGUUAGUGCAACAAAUAUAUAAGGUUUGCAAGAUGUGCUACAUGACAUACAGUGUCAGUAAGACAAACAUAAAGGAAAGACGAAUGCUAAAUUAGCGAAACAGUUGAAAAAAUUAUAUAAAUCGCAAUAUAUUGUAUCACAAUACCCACUGUAUUGCAAAAUGUUAAAAAUUGCAAUAAUAUCAUAUCGUGGCCAACGUAUCGUGAUAAUAUCAUAUCGUGGGGCCACUAGUGAUUCCCACCCCUAUUAUAUGAUGUCAUAUUCCUGAUUGUUUCAUGUAAUUCUGCAGACUUCAAAAAGUGAUAAACCAUAAAGACUACUUUACUCUGUUAUAAUUCAUAUUUGUGAGUAUAGAGGGUUAGUAUAGGAGCUCUUUCUGGCCAUUAGUUUACAAAAUAAUUUUGAACUUUCUUGAGUAGCCCUUUUUAUCGUCAACCACCCUACUCUAUAAGCUGUAUUCAAGUUUUAUUUGAUCAAUUACUUAUCAAUUAUAAUCAUUUUGUUUCAAAUUGAACUCUAGGGUUCUUCAUCUGAGUUUAGCUUUUGAUCAUCAUAGUUUUGAUACGAAAUGUUAUAAACUGGUGGAUUUUUUUUAAUCCAGCCUCCACCUCAGCAGGUGACUCUUCAAGUUGCAUCUUAGACUUGUGCUUUUUUGAAUACCACUCCCAGGCCUGGAAUAAAGGUAUUAAGCUGUUUACAAGACACAAGGGCACUUGGUAUCAACUGAACCAAUAUUUUCAUGCACUGCACACUUUGACAGCACCUGAAAGAGGGACAGAUUCGUUGUGUAGGACUAGAUAUAUAUAUCCCCCAUUAGAUACAUACUUAGAGGCACCAAUGAGACUUGAGUGAUGGCAUCCUCAGGGUUGUCAAGUAGGCACCCUCCUUUUUGGGUGUUUCACUGACAGGCCCACAACACACCCAGCACUGAACCCUAGUGUCCUAGGUUCACUCCCCAGAUGCCAUUAUCUCAUUUCAAGGCCCUGGUUGGAUCCUUUCUCUUGAUCCACAACCACUAGCCCCCUUUUUCAGCAGUCUUGGAAAGGUCUUUGACUGCCUUCCGGUGGGCUUUCCCUCGCACUUCCAUCUCUUUGAGUAGCCUGGAUGUUGAGGAGGCUACAAACCCUCUGCUGCCUACUUCCACCAGGUGUACCUUCACAUUCCAGCGUUUUUGUUGUUUAGCAUACCUUAGCUUCUUUCACUCUCAGGCCUUCUCCACUGCACUCUCUCAGGGCACCAUGAGCUUGAUGAUGUGGACAAGCCUGAGCUAGGCUGACCACAGAACAAGAUCUGGUUGCAGGUUGGUGAACACGAUCUCAACUGGGAAGCAGAGUUUCUUGUCCAAGUCUGCCCAGUGUCUGUCUCACAAUGGUGAGACCUAACCCUAACCCUAACCCUAACCCUGGCAAUGGGGUGACAGAGGAGGAGGGGCAUUCACAUCUGUGUCUGUCAGCUUAAGCACCUGGGUGUGCUGCCAGAUGUGAAGGCCUUGGGUGAGAAAGAGGAAAAGAAAAUGCAAUGGACAAACAAGUAGAAGUAAGUGUGAAGACAAGAGCAGGCAUGAAUGAACCCUUUAUUUUUUGUCGUGAAUAAACAUAGAGGUAGUUCAACAACAACUUUUUACUUUCCUUUCUUGGAAGCAGCGAAGCAGCGUCUUCUCUGGUGCACUGGACCGAUUACACAGAAGAGUUGCCACUACAUUGGUGUAACACUAAGAUUGCAGAGGGAAAAAAAUGUAGUGCUGUCCCUGGAAAGAAGUGUUCAAGAAAACACAUUAACUCUGACAGCCGCCGUAAGCAGUACAACAAUUAAACUGAGGCUGUCUCUCACUUCUAUACAGGGAAAGGCCCGUUCCCACUUUGCAAAAGCCAAAAUAGAGUUUUCUUACAAAAAUCUCUCUCUGUUUUCCUUUUAUAAUCAAAUGUUUCAUUCAUUUUGAACAUUUGCUGUAUAAGAUGUAGAAAGCCUGUAUCUUCAGAGUUCUGUCAAUCACAUGGUCUGAUACUUCUUUGCAGUAGUUUAGGCGUUAAAAGAUGACAAUAUCGAAAAUGGAAGUCUUGUUGCUGAUGGUCUCUGUUUUUGGUCAGGCAGAGGUAUAAGUUUGACUUUUUGGCCUGAUGUAAGCCAGUAUCUUACAAAACUUAUACUCGAGGGAGCGCUGAUAAAACAGCUGCAUGAAGUUAGUUUCCCAAUUCAGAACAAAAAAAAAGCCUUCCAUAUACAAAUAUGUGGACAUGCAUUUUUAAAUGUUCCUUUAUCCUGUGAUCGUAAAUCAGGAUUAUGAAUCAUCUGGGGUUAUUUUUGUCUCUGUAGCUAAUCGUAACAAAUGGAGGAGCAAAGAGCUCUUUCACCUGUGACAUAGAUGGUUGGGGGUGCAACUUUUCCAUGUGACUGAAGGUUGCAGCUUCUGAAAGUUUGAGUUUCCUGUAGAGAACUAAAUUGGGGAGGCAGGCAGUGAAGUAGAGAUAGUCUGCUUUUGUUUUAGAGGACCAACCAGUAUUCUUAUGCAAACUGUCGUCAUGUAUGGAGAUCCAAAUCAGUAAAAAAAAAACAGGCAGCAUGGCGAACCAAGUCCAACAUCUUCAACGAAGAUAAGCUUGCAUGCAUACCUACGAUAGUCCCCGGUGUACUACCGAUAAAGACAUCACUUGUACCUCAGCUGUCAUAAUGUUAUCAUCACAUUUAUAGAACUGUUGAGAUACACCCUGCAGUGUAUUCACACACAGACAGACUGGAACCAUGUAAACGUUUUGCACACUUUUUCGAGUCUGACCACCUUGUUUCUCACGUCAUAUUUUGAGUGUUGAGAUGUUUCUUUUCAGCCUUGUGGCCAUAGUCCUUCAUUUGUCACUUUAAAAAAGAUUGUGGUGUCAGAGACGGCUCUCCUGUUUAUUUCUGACUGCCACCCAUCAGCUACAUUGGGUGCUCUUCCUAAAGCCUCCGCUCUGCAUCUGAUGCGCAGCCUGCGGUUUACUGCUGUCAAACCCUGGACUCUAUAUCAGUCCUCUCAGAGCUGUUUGUGCGCAAGUUUCCAUAGCACCUCUCAGCGCUUUCCACAAUACAAGCCGCUGCCCUUUAGCUCAUCGUCAAGACCACAGCGUAGUUUCUGGAUGGAACAGUGCUGGCAGCUUGUUCACACUUAGUAAAAUGCUGGGUGAGAGGUCCUGCAGACCAGACCUCAGGACUCUGCAUGUAAAGAGCUGUGGCGACGACUUAUUUAAAGAUAAGUCUGCUGAGCCUUUGUGGUAAAGAGGGAAAAAUGAGCAUGCUGUAGAAGAGGCCAUGAGAAAUAAGUUGUCUGUUGGUUAAUAGAAGAAAUCAAAGAAAGGAUUUUGAUUUGGAAAGUGUCUUUUUCAAAAAAAAAAAAAAAAAAAGCCAACAUCACAAGUUAAAAAAAUCUGUUUUGAAAAGCCAAGCAGGAACUAGUGUCUGCGUGAGGCCCGUGCUGCUGCGUCUCCCUCCUGCCCUGGUUCUAGUUUCUGUGCAUUCAGAGGAAACGCCUUCCCCUUAUCUUGAGCACACAUCUUCUGAACGUCUCCGUGACACUUUUCAUGGCCCAAAUUAGGCUACCCACACUUUGGAGAUGUGCUCAUUUUAUUAUCAAUCUAUCAACUACAAAUACAAACGCAGAAGUGAAGAUUAGACACUGCUUCACAGUCUAUGACCUGCUGUAUUUGUUCCAAAACUCGUAAAUGUCACAUCUCUGCUAGUCAGCGUGUUUUAUCAUCUUACAAUCUUCUCAUCUACAUUCACAUCAAAUGUCACUCCAAACAUUUCUGUGCUUCCUCCUUGGUUAGAUAUGAUAAAGACUGAGGAAGAGGAGACGGAAGACAAUGAUCAGUACCAAGCGGCUGAAAAAGAGAGCGAGAUAAUGCUGAAAGAAGAAGCAGAGGGGUUCACUGAGGAUAGGAUGGAGGAAGGGUUCGAUGACGAGGAGCACGAUGAGGAGAGAGAUGGGGAUGAAGAGGGGGAAACCCUGAAUGAGCCAGAGGACCUUUCGCUGGUGGACUACUCGCGUGGUUAUGAAGGCGUCGACUUGACUGACACCCACGCUGCCGAAUCAGCAGAUGGGGGCGAAGGGACCUACCUGCCUGAAGCUUUGGCUCCCCGCAUCCAAACGACAGGCAAGCUGAACUGUGACAUCUGCGGUCUGUCCUGCGUCAGUAUCAACGUCCUGAUGGUGCACAAACGCAGCCACACGGGUAAGCACAGGAACACCUGACCUCAAAGACAAUAGUUACGCAAUCGUCAUCUGCUGAUAGCACUGAGAGAUAGCGCUUCGCAUUGACUAGGUCAAGAUGUUGAUUAAGUAACUUCAAUUAAAAAUGCUGAGGAUGCAUCUUACAUGUGUCCUUACAAGCCCUGCAGCCGCAGCAAGAAGUUGUACAAUGUCCUCUGAUGUUCAGUUCGAAAGCACAGAUGGUAACUGAGAUUUGAUCACAGAAACAGAUCAGCCAUCCCAUCAGAGUAUAUCUUCAGCUGUGUUGUGUUUUAUAUGUGCAACCUGUACCACAGCUUACUCAUUUCAAAUCGACGUGAAGUUCUAUUCAAUUCUGCUGCUCCAGUCAGGACAAAAGUGUUUAACCUGUUUGCAGAGUCACAAAUUUAUGAUCUGACCACAUUUACUAAAACCUGCUGGUUUCAAAGAUACUGUGUAAAAAGUUUCCUGUCACAUGUUAGUCUGUAAACUUGAGGGAUGAAAAUGCCUUAUUUCUGCAGAAUUUGGUGUUUCCUCUGUGGACUAGUGAUUUUUUUUACUUCAAUAUUCUUUUAUUUCAACUAGGAUGCUGUUUUUGCCAAGACUCCCCCACAGAUUUUCUAUCUAAUAGGAUCAGACCAAAUGCCAAAUAAACAAAAGUAAUAUUGUACAUGUCCAAGAAACACAUUUUAAAAAGGGAUUUUAUGCAGUAAAACUUUGUUUUUGCGACCUCAACGAGGUUGCUUUUUCACCACGGAAAGUCAUAUGCACAAUAAGUGGUGGCAUUUGUGUGGUCAGAGUCGUGAGAACUUUGUGUUUUAGGUUUUUACCCCCAGAGUGGACGUAUCCUUGUUCCUUUUUCAGAGGGUUAGUCAGUGUCCUGUAGUUUAGUGUAACGUAAGGAGCAAGAAACAAGUGUACAGCUUACAAACACUGAGGAGGUUUUGAAUGUGUCCCUUUUAAACUGACGCCUCUUUAUGUCCUACUUCAAAUGAGAUGAUUAGCAUCAACAUGAACAUUUUUUAAAACUGAAUUUCAAAGUUUGUCAGUAAGAAGUCAGUUGGUAUACAACAGGAGGGUUUUUUUUCCUUUCUGGAGACACUCGUUGCUGAAACUGGGGCAGGAUUAGCAAACAGAUGUUGGUUUUUCUGCAGAAAUAUAUAAAUAACUCUAAAACCAAGGCUUUGUUAGGUGAAAGAGUAAAAUACCAUGAGCAAGGUUUAAUGUUCAUUUCAGCUUGUGAGAACUUUGCUGCUCUUGAUGGACUUAAGACUUAAACCAUGCAGUAUUUGUAUAAUUCAGACAUUUAUUUGGGCACUAGAGUACAUAGCCCUCUAUGACACCGGGGCUGAUGGGUAACACUAAAAUAUAUGUUUUACAUAUGUUUUACUAACAGUACUGAAUCAGGGUUCAGUUUUUUUUUUUUAUUGUAGCAACAGAUCAGUUAAAUAGCUUGUCACUUUGCAUCCUGCUAAGAGUUGAUUUGUACAAAAAAGUUUAUUUGUUUCCACACUUCGGUAAAAGACAGAAAACUCCUCACAGUGCCUUUAAAAAGGUGUAUUCCUCAUUGGUCAGGUACAGUCCCGAAACAAACAAACACUUCAUACCCAUUUUAUUGAACCCGUGCAAGGAAGAUCAAGGGACUGGAACAGACAUAGUUUAAAUGUUCAGCCCAAAUGAUAAUGCUAAAAGUCUAACUUUCAUUGAUGCAGUAUCAUGUAGCUCUACAAUACACAAACUUUCUGUUUCAAACUAGUGAUGUCAUUGUUAAAAGGUUAUCUUCCAAGAAGCAAAUUUGCUGUUCACGUUUCUUUAGAUUGGAAACCUUCGUAAGGCAUUGAACCAGUGAGAAGCAAUCUUUUGGAUUAAUUUAAGACGUACUUUGCUGAUCCUACACCUUUGGAAGGACAACAAGGAUACAAUUAAAAGAUGAAAAUAUAGAAUAGAAAUAUAUUUUUUUAAAAAUCAACGCUGUACUAACAGAAUUAUGGUUAAGGUAAAACCAACUAUAUAUAUGUCACAUACACAGAUGCUUCUCGAAAGGUUGGUUAUUGCACAUGUAUAGAAUAUCUGUGAUGGUGCUUAUGAAUACAAGAGUAUGAAUAUGUUCCGAACCUAGUGUGAAUGUGCAAAGUAUAUUUUCAUAUUACUAUUAUGACUAUUAUGAUUAUAUACUUGGGUAAGUUAUCAAACGUGAAAUUUUGGUUUAACAAUAUAAAGUAGGGAAAGCUUAGAAAUAGUUUGAGAAGGAAAAGACAUGGUGCAAAGGAGCUGCCAGGUUAUAAAAUGAAGGAUAAAGAUCAUGGGGAAGUGACCAACAUAAACAGAGACUAAAUGCAGGUCCAUACUAAAUUACAUUUCUAGUGUCCAAGAGGAGGAUUAAUCAAUAUACAUAAAGUGAUAACUGAAUAAUCUCUUACUUUGAGCUCAAGAAAUAAAACAUUCAGCAUGUUUACAAGUCAUUAAUGCAUCCCAAAUAUUAAAUAUGUAUGAAUUUGCAGCAAUAUUCAUUGUAUUAAAUACUUUUAUAUAGAAUGGACAAAUGUUCCAUAAUCAAUAAGUUUAAAUGUUCAACUGAAAUUGUGUUUGUUUAUUCCUGAUGGUGUGUGUUUUUAUCAGGAGAGAGGCCGUUCCACUGCUCCCAGUGCGGCUCUUCCUUCACCCAGAAGGGAAACCUGCUUCGCCACAUCAAACUGCACUCCGGGGAGAAGCCUUUCAAAUGCCCCAUGUGCAGCUAUGCCUGCCGUCGAAGAGAUGCUCUGAGUGGGCACCUGCGCACCCACUCUGGUACUGUACACACACACGCACGCACAAACAAAAACACACACUAUCGUGAUACUGUCUGCACCUGUGUACACUACCAUGCUGGUUGGUUUUCUCACCUUCCUAUGUUGGUUUCUCACUCCUUUGAAUCUUAACAUUUAAGAUCUGCUAUGCUGAUAUGCCUUUUCCAGUAACAGCCUGCCAUGCACUUUCAUACAGUUACACACACAUCGCACAGGACUUCUUACUCAUGUACUCCUGGAAACUCGCUCACUUUCAGUUCACGUGUUUUACCUGCAGACAUGCAACAGGAUCCCUAAUGUGCACAUCAUCAGUUUUUAUUCGAAACCACUGAAACAGAUCAUUCUUGCUGUAGCACUUUAAUGUUGCUGAUGUAUCAUGUGUUGGUGAAUAACUGAAACUCCUGCUCGCAGUGGAGAAGCCCUUCAAAUGCAACCACUGCAGUCGGAGUUAUAAGCAGCGAAGCUCGCUUGAAGAGCACAGAGAGCGGUGCCAUGUGUACAUCCAGAGCAAAGGUCCUGCUGAGAGAGGUGAGCAGACAGCACACACUCAGCUGUGUCCUAACACUUCUUUUACUGCUCGCUUCAACAUUUGAAACCUCACACAAAAGUUCACACAUACGUCUAUCACGAACUCAUAUUUAAGUUUGUGGCAAACACAGUCAGAGUCUGUUAUAGCUGACAGAUUCUGUUCAUUUUACCUCAUUUAAUUAAUGUGCGUAUGGCUGUUAGCCCAGUAUUACAGCUAAAUAGGUUGUGGCUGCUGUGGUGUGGAGACUCAGCACUCUGAAGACCACUUCUCAUGCCUGUAGCUGCAAAGGGGAAGCUGACUGCUCAGGGCAAAUUGUUUCAGGCGAGCCACUUACACAAACAUGCAACCUCAAAGUCUAUAGCUACCUCCAAAAAUGCCUUUCCAUCCUGAUAGGACAGUUGCACCAUUGCAACACAAAGACAAUGUUUUGCGUCUGUGGUUACCAAAUGUCGUAAGUUUAUGCCAGAUAGUGCUGUAUUGAUGAGGAAGCACAUCCUCAAACCCACCCCCACCCACACACACACCCUGGUGGAGUAAAAUGCACCAGGAAGUGAGGUCAAAGGAGCGUCUGAUUUUUAAUUACUAUCUAGUGUGGCUCAGCUUUGAGCAGGUAGGUCUAUUUUUAAUACUUCAUUUUAAAAGAGUGUUUCCUUUAAAGUGAGGGGUUUUUAAACAGACUGUGUCAAGAGUUGACAGUUCCUUUAUAGUAAGUUUCGUUACCUGCAACUGCUGCGAGGGAUAGGUACACUGUUACUUGUCUUACUUUUCCCACAGCAAAUGUUAACAGUGAGUGAUUAUAUCACUGUAACAGGACAACAGGAAGAGAUUUUUGUCAAUUAAACUCUUGGUGUCCAACAGAAGACGGCCAGACCUCGAGGACUCAGAUGGGCACUGAGCGCGCUCUGCUGCUUGACAGGCUUGCAAGCAAUGUAGCCAAACGGAAGAGCACAAUGCCACAGAAGUUCACCGGUAAGAACAACUAAACUCAAAACAUGGACAUGUAGAGGGGUAAAUGGAGUCGAUUUGAGCUGUUUAUUUCACAUCUGAAGAUUAUAAUUAACCACAUUUGUUCCUCUACUUAAAUGCUGCUUGAUAUUUUAAUACUCUAAAGCAUUUAUACUUUGAUGUACUAUGUGCCUGUUUUUUUGUCCGUCAUUUGCGCUUUUCGCAAGGCUUUUUUGGCUUCAUAAUUUUUAUUUUAUUUUUAUUUUUUGUAGUUUUGUUGUUUGUUUGUUUUUUUUCAAAUUGUCUGCCUAAGCUUCUUGUUUGUCUGUUAGUCUUUACUGGCCUCCAUCUCCUGCCAAACAGGAAUUGCGGGCUGAGCACCUCAUGCCUCUUACUUCACACACCAGCGAGUGGUCUCCGCUGCCCUAAUUUCUCUGCCAGAAUGGUGUCAUAGGUGGGUAUUGGUAACCAUGCAUGUUUUAAAUAUCAAAAAAAAAAAAAAAAAAAAAAACGCAUUUGAAACUUUUCGGUGUAACCUCUUCAUUUGCAUGUUUUGAUCCAAACGGAGAAGACUUGCAUGAAAUGUUUAAAAAAAAAAAAAAAAAACGUUUCAGAAAAUGCUGUACACUCAAUAUUUGCCUUUCACUUCUCUGGAUAAGCCUGACUCACAUUGGCUUGUAGUAUCAUAAUCAAACUGCUAGCUGUUCGCAGGGCGUCUUAGGCAAAAAAAAAAAAAAAAAGGCUUCAGGCUGAGAAAUGAAGUGCGAUCUUUCAAUAUGACAACCACAGAGGGAAAAGAGAAGUCAUUUCAGCAACCGCAGAGAGAGAGAGCAGGCAGGAGGCGAGAAACGUGAGCAGGUGUCUCUCUGUCUGAGCUGCAGCUGCAUAGGAGGCCUUCAUCGUCUGUGUCGUCUGCUUCCUCUGUCCUCUUGUGCCUCCAAGCUCAACUGCUCUCUCUGGAUGAUCUGUAGCUUUGGAGCAUCUAGAAUCCUUUCAGUCUGGCGAGGUCUGAUCCACUGUGGGGGUUGUCCUCUGUGUCGCAGUCAGGGUUCACAUGUUUCUCACUUCCCUUACUCAACACUAAAGUAAGUCCUUUUUGAGUUCUGUGAGAAUCUCUAUCAAAACUUUCUCCAUGUGUGGGCAGUAACUGCUUUAACUGCUGCUGGCUUUCUGUGGUGUCUCCGGCUGCUGGAUGAACAGUCUGAAACCUCCUCCUGUCAUCUGUUGAGUGCUCUUUCUUCUCAUGUUGCGGGUCUAGGCGACAACGGCGUUUGCCUGGAUCUGAGCUUUAACAGGGAGCUGAUCCAUCACUCUGACAUGAAGGAACCUUCAUCAGGCUCACCAGGGCCUGACACCCACCAUCAACAACAACAAUCCAUCCUUCAGGGGCCUGAUGGUGACCCAGCUCCCUCCCACAGGCCCUACCCUAUUUCAUUAAGCCACAACGACAUCUCGCCCAUUGGUCUUACUAACGGCCACAAGAUGGGCAUGUCAUUCCUGGGCAAUCCUCAUGUCGCACAGUCCCCCCUCACUAUGGACUCCUUCCACACAGACGGCUCCCGGAUGUCCCAGCCCGUCAUGUUCAGUUUAGGGCACCUGCUUGGGGGAGGCCUAAACCACCAGAACGGCAUCCCUCACCCACACGCCCAGCCCAUCCCUUUGUCCCCACUGGAGGCGUUACGGGUGGUGCGAGGUGAUGGGGAGGUGGGGCCUCUACCUGGAACGGUGUACCCCUGCGUGCACUGCAGAGUGAUCUUCCUGGACUAUGUGAUGUUCACCAUCCACAUGGGCUGCCACGGCUUCAGGGACCCGCUCGAAUGCAACGUGUGUGGGCACCGCAGCCAGGACCGUUAUGAGUUCACUUCCCACAUAGCCCGUGGCGAGCACCGCCUAGAACUGAAGUAG